AUGGCGGCCAUGCGGGGGCCUGGUGCGGCCGUGUGCGGCGCGAGUGGCAAGUUGCAGCGGAGGGCGAUCGCUGCUGCUAAGCCAGAGAAGAGUCUGAACCGCUUCGUGCGCGUUCUUGCCACCGGGGAGUUGGUCGGCAACGCCCUGGGCACGCUGGCCUCCCUGUGGGCGACCGUCGUCUUGCUUGCUGGGUACCGCUCUUCGCUGGACCCCGUUGAUUUCCGGAUCGCCACGGUCAUGGUCUUCGUAGAAGCUUUCAGGGUUUUCAUCCGCAACUUCAAAUUCGAUAACCAAUCAUUGUUCGGGACCACAAAGGCACUCAGAUCGAUGAGUUCAUCUUUCGCUCGCAUGUUAGCCCGACCUCGGGAAGGUAGUGAAGUGCUCCUGAUCAUCGGUGGGGUUAUCACAGCAUUUGAACCGUCGCUGCUGAUGCAUGGGAGAUUCUUUAGGGUGGUCUUGCUAACUUUUAUGAGCAAGACGUGGAUUUCAGAGACACCCCGGCUGAUGAGACGACUGCAACAGAGCCGACCGUUGCUGCUAUGGGCUAUCCUAAUUAUCCCCUUCGUCGUUGCUGCUGCUGUUGCUAGCGCAUUCUCUGGGUUCACAGCUUUACCAGAUAUCCUAACGCAGCUCGUGGCAUUGGUGCUGCUCAACUUGAGACCCCCAAGAAUUGGCAAUCUAACAAGCGGUCUUUGGGGCAGAAGGCUGCUAUAUGUCUCUAAAGUGAUUUCAUUCAUAUCACUGGCUUCUUGUUUGGUGUUGGGCUCGGACGUGAUCUGCUUUGCUGCCUCACCAUUCACUACAUUGGUGCUACUAUUUGGCAGCCUACAGAAUCCGUCAGUUCCGAAUAGCCUAUUUGGCCCAUGGAUUGAUGUGGCAAUGCACAUAUCCUUCCUUUUGGCUUUGGCAUUGCCACUCCCAGUAGGGGGCGUCCUUUUGGGUUUUCCCAUAUCGAUCGUUGCUUUGCUAGCGGUGCUACUGAUUGGUAACUUGCAGAUACCAGCUGCUGUAGCGCAAAUUGUGCUAUCAUCUUGGCGCAUUAUUCAAAGUUUACAGCUCUAUAGCCAAAACAUGGUGGCAUCGGUAGUAGUCUUCUACGUGCUGGCGCUAUGCCAAGGGUCACUCUAUAUCAUGGCCUGCAUCCUAGCGAUGUUCUCCUUCUUCCCUCGCAGAUCGCUUGUCCGUAGCUCAGGAUUCAGAAGUAAGUGGGGAAAAAAAGCUGUCGAUCUUUACUACGAGCGUGCGUACACAACACGCAUGGAAAUCGGUGUGUUCGCAGAGGACAGGAUCAGCCUUGCCAGCUUCGUCGCCGACUCACUCAACCCUGCAGCUUCCAGCUCACCUGAAAUGCAGCUAGCUGGGGUUCGUGUUCUUCACAGCUUUCUCCAACGAAGGGACUCCAACGAAGAACUCAUCUCAGUAAUCACCAGAUCAGAGAAAGCAGUGCCUACAUUGAUCAGCAUGCUUGGCUGGACAUUCGAACAAGACAGAGAUAUCAGGUUAUUUGCCGCCAGGGUCAUCGCCGAGCUAUCCAGCAACCUCAGAAUUUCCGAAAUUCCUGGCGCGGUAAAGUUGGUGUCUUUGCUCCUUGAUGCUGAGAAUCAACCAGCGUCUGAAAUUGAUGGAGGGAACGGCGAUGAUGGUUCAAUAGGGGCUCAGGGCCUUGGUGACAAUGAAAUCGGAGACAGCGCCAGAAAUGAACAAGGGAGACAAGACAUCGUGCCCGAGGCUGCCGAUGACAAUGGAGAUAAUGUUGUUAGUGACCAAACUCGAUGUCAAGAAUGUACUGGUAAUGGAGGGAAUGCAAGUAACCCACCUGCAUAUGAGCAAUUGGGGCAUCGAGGAGGCAACAAUGGAGGAUGUUGUUCUUGGGUAUGCCGGUGUUGGCACCGGAUCGAAGAGAAGUGGUCCAUUCCGGAGGAGCCACCCUUGACUUAUCAGGAUUCACUCCCCAUACUGGGCACGGUAAUUCUCGAGAGGCUUGCUUGCGAUGUUGACAACUGUGAAGAAAUUGUCAAAACCACAAACCUAGUCCCGAAGAUCGUAGGUCUCAUAAGCUACACUAGCAGCAGCGAAAGCAGCAAUGAUAAUGCAUUGAUACGCUCGUCUCUGGAUUUAGUGAGGAGGCUUGCAACCACCGGCAGAAAUAUUGUUCGGCACGAGCUGUGGGAGAGCCCCUUUUUGCUUAGUAACCUCGCAUGUGUCUUGGAGGACAGCCGGAGCAGCCCUGAAGUAUGGAAGCCGGCGAUCGAUAUCAUAGCCACUAUGGCCUUGGAUGAGGGCGAAAGGCAGGGGAUUGGGAGAGUCCAGGUGAUUAUUCGCUUUUUAGUUGGUGUUUUCAUAAUUGGGCGGGACGGACCAACGACCUAUUGCCAGUCGCUUCGAGCGGCCGCAGGGGAAGCACUGUCAAAUCUUGCAAUCGAGAGCCCAGCAAACUGCUUGGCUAUAUUGGAGGCACGACCGGAAUAUGAACUUGUCGAGCGUCUCAAGGACAUGCUUGGUAAUGAUGAGUACAGAUGUGCUGCGGCGAGUCUCCUGGGGAAUUGCUCUAUGAUCUGGGGCAGGCUGAGCGAUCCAGGGGUAAGCAAUCACCUCUCAUCUGCAUUGCCAGUGGUGCUGGAAAAUAUAAUGACUGCAGAGGGCAAACAGUUGGAGGCCCUAAUCGGCCUCGCUUCAAAAAUCUGUUCUGUCCUCCCACCUGAACGCUCUGCCCAAGGGCUUGAGUCACAUAUCAUUGGAGCAGCGUUUGUUCAAAAGCUGGUGGAUACACUCAACUCCAAUAAGAAACCGAGUCCUGAGUACCCAAGGAUGAGAAGGGCCAUCAUUGAGCUGGUAAUAUCCUUUCUGGAACGGCAUCCUCGCUACAUGCUUAUUAUCUUCGGAGAAGGGAUGCUUAAUGCACUGUCCAAGGUAGAAAUGACCCCAUCCAAGGUGGAAAACUACAGGGUCUUCCUGGGCAACGGAGGAGUGGUUUUAGAGCACGGUGAUCCUCUGCGCGACCUAGUGGGCAGGGCGAAAAGGCUGAUUCAUCCUGCAAAUCAGACAUAAUAAAGGCUCGACCAGGCGACCGUGCUCGAUUAAUCAUCUCUGGUCAAUCUCAAUCCACUUAUGAAGUAUGCUUACAUUCAGACUGGCUAUAUUGUACUGCUAUGUGUGUUGUUCUGCAGUCUUUAUUGCCAGAUAGACCAUGGUUUUCUCGUUCGUACUCCUGAAUUGAUUUGUUUACGUUUAUCAAUCAAUAGACUCGA